AUGAACAUUUCAAUAAUAAUACGCUCUUUGUUACUUAUUGCAUUCAGCACGAUAAUACGAGCAGAUGAUCAAUUAACAACAUCAGCUAUUGUUCAUAUUUAUCCAAAUUUUGCUGAAAUUUUACAAUCUGUCCCUGAAUUUGCAUCAUCAUCGUCAUCACCAAAGAACAUUGUUAAAAUUGAAUUCAAUGAAGAUGAAUGGAAUGAUAUUCGCGCAGAUACAUUGAUGUUAACUGUAAAUCAUCAUGAUUUAAAAUCUGAAGAUAUGAAUUUAUCAGUUACAUCCGAAGCCAUAACUGAAAAAAAGAAAUCGACAAACGGUGAAACAAUUUUCUUGAGUGAUUUACAAAAUAAAACUGCACCAUUGAUUGAAGCAAAAAUGAUUGAUGAAAUUAGACAAUUGAUUUUUGAUGUUAAACAACAAUUAUAUUAUACAAUAAGCCCAAAUGAACAUCGCAUUUUGUACAAGACAUUGCCAGAAAUAAAGAAAUAUAUUGUUACGUUCACUUACAAUCAAUCACCUGUUGUCAAAAUACCGCGAUCAUCACUUUAUGUUGCUUAUUUAUAUGCAAAAUUAAAAUGGAAAACUCAAUAUCAGUUACUGUUAUUUAGUGAAAAAAAUCGUACAGCAGAAUUAACAAUUUUUGCUAAUAUUCAAAAUGAUGGAAUGAAAACAAUUGCAAUUGAUGCUGGACAAUUACUGAGUGGGGAUAUUAAUAUUCAAAUGGUUAAAUGGUUACCACAAACAAUGCCUAUACAUCAUGAUGCUAGACAAAGAACACAUGUGUCUGGUUUGCUUGGUGGAUCCCGUUAUGCUGAAUCAUACUCACCACCACCACCAAUUAUCUCCUCGUCCGGACAAGAAUUAGCUGGUGUAUAUCGUUAUACAAUUGAUAAUCCGUUCAUAAUUGAACCAAAAACUCAAUUUUUGUUGCCUAUGAUAAAAUCAAAUGUUAAAUGCGAACGAUUCGGUUUAAUUGAUCAAGUAUUUUCAGUAACAAAGACAAACAGUGAAGGUAGAUAA